AUAUAAAAGGAUCCCUGAGAAAGUGUCAAUGAACACACAAAAAACUGUUUUCUGAGAAAAUUACGGACUAGUUAUAAAACUUUCAUAAUGGAGAUCAAACCACUUUCACAGACUACAUUGAAGUCUAUUGAUGAAGUUCAUGAAGAUACAUUAACUUUAUUAUAUGACCAAAUCAAUGCUAAUGAUUGCCCAUCCUCACAGCCUAACUGUACACUUCCAGUUAUCAUGUAGCUUGUUUCCACAGUAAAAUGUAAUGCUCACAUACACACACAGGGCACACACAUACCCACUUAAUGCAAGCAAAACUAAUGCUGCAGAGUGCUGCAGAAAACAAAGUCCCUCCCCUUGAUGUUAUGACUCGUUUAUACAGAGUAGUCAGUGAAUAGGAGGGAGUGAGAGAGUAGAGAAGAGUGGUGAUGUACCAGCUCUGGCUUCCUUACAGAGAUUUUGAAUUUGAUGCCGAAGACUGAACAGUCGGUGUGCCUUCAUGGGCUCUAAAUGUGGCAAGGCUAAUAUUACAUCUGUCUCAGCUGAACUACAUGUUUACUGGAAGAUGCUUUUGCUGAAGGAGAAUACAAAAAGGAGAAAAGGAACUGAUUCACAUUUUAUUACAAUCUGAGCAAAGAUAAGUUAGGUAUUGAACAAUAAAAAAAGAUGUCCUCUGCAGGUGUCAAGCCAAGGGAGCAUAUGGAUGUUGCGUACAUCUCCAUUGAGAUAGCCAUUUCUGUGGCCUCUGUCCUAGGGAAUGUAUUAAUUGUGCUUGUGGUGUAUGUGAACCAGGCUCUCCGUGACACCACCUUUAGCUUUAUUGCAUCUCUGGCUGUGGCUGACAUCGCUGUUGGAAGUUUGGUUAUCCCUCUGGCCAUUGUCAUCAGUCUGGGAUUCAGGACGCAGUUCUACACCUGCCUCAUCCUCUCCAGCCUGGUGCUGAUCUUAACUCAGAGCUCCAUUCUCUCCCUCCUGGCCAUAGCUGUCGACAGAUAUCUGCGCAUAAAAAUUCCCACAAGGUAUGGCGACAUAGUGACCCAGGGGAGGGCAUACAUGGCAGUUUGUAUGUGUUGGAUCCUCUCCAUCCUCAGUGGAUUGGUUCCAUUGGUUGGCUGGAACAACCUGCACCAUGGGAACUUCAGUAACUCCAAAGAGAUCGUUUGUGAGUUUAAAAAUGUUAUUCGGAUGGACUACAUGGUGUACUUUAAUUUCUUCGUCUGUGUGGUGGUGCCACUGGUCUUGAUGAUCAUUCUGUAUGGGGAGAUCUUCAGAGUGAUCCGGCAGCAGCUCAACCGCCGUGCUGAGGCCACUUGUGAUGGAGAAAAGUACUACCGAAAGGAGCUGAAGCUGGCCAAGUCGCUGGUCUUGGUGGUUUUUCUUUUCAUUAUAUGCUGGAUGCCAAUACAUAUCAUGAAUUGCAUCGACUUUUUUUACUCAGACUAUAAAAUACCCAAAUUUGCUGUGUAUGUAGGAAUUUUUAUGUCUCAUGUAAACUCAGCACUCAACCCGAUGGUUUAUGCAUUCAGAAUGAAACGGUUCCGUCUUACUCUGAUCCAAAUAAUUCGCCGCUGCAUGUUAUGUAACACAAUGGUGGCCACCCGAUGCCCUACUAGCGCAAUAGAAGGGAGUGAAAAUACAGCUGUGAACCUAUAGCAUAUAUGGAAGAAUUUUAUUUUAUAAUGCAUAGUCCCAGGGGGACUAAAAAUGCUCUAAAUAUUCAAAAAUGAAAAAAAGUGUGACUGAUCCUGUUUUUUUAACAUAUUUUUUUUUUUUUUUUUUUUUUUGUGAUUUCAGUAUACAUGGUCUUGGGAACUGUUAAACACUAUUUGAGUUCUACUUAGAUAUGCAGGCAACUGUUGAUUUAAAAAAAAAAAAACUUUUUACAUUAAAUGUAAAAAAUGUGUGUUAAAUUGCAUCCAUCUAUUGCUUACCCCACUUAUCCUUGCAAGGGUCACGAGGGUGAUGGUUGGGGGGAGAGGGGGGAAGAUGACCUCCAGUCAUCAGAAGGCAAGAGGCAAGGUACAGCUUGAACACAAAGACAUACAUUAAAAAUCAACCUUGCACACACAUCCAUCUGAGGACAACUUAGGGUCCAGUUAACAUGACAGUUAUGACUUUGGACUAUGGGAGUAACCGAAAAGAAUCUACACAUGGUCCCAGAUCGCUAGCCACAAAUUUUUACCCAGGCAGCCAUGUAUUAAAUCCUUUUUUGUAAAAGACAAUUCACAAGAAAAUAAGACUGCAAUAUAUAAUACAACAAGUCUAUAAGGCUAUUAGAAAGCUUUUGCACAUCAGGAAAAACAUCGUAUAAAUGGUGCAUAUGAACAGAAAAUAUACAGAUUUUAUUGUCUGUACCACAAAAGCCAUAUAGAGAGACUUCUGUGUUAAACAGCAUCCUCCUAUUAUCAAAUGUGUAUGCCAUUUUCCGCCUAAUGCCUUUUUCCUUAUAAUCUGAAUGCUAUGAUAUAACUGUGCUUCAGAUUUAAAAUAGCUUUUUUUUCUGGGUGUGUUAGUUCUAAUUACAGUUAUUUAUGGGAACCUAUAUUAUAUUGAUUCAUUGCCUUUUCUCUUCUUAAUUUAAAGUUAAAAUGUUGGAUAGAUAAUAUUUCUAUUUAGGUUGCCUUGAUAUAACUGAAAAAAAAUUGAUGACAUGCUGCUUGAAUUAGUCAACUGUGGUAACCAAGUUGUAAGAUAAUAUGCACAAAUACUAUUGCAGUAGUUAAAACAAACAAACAAACAAACAAACAAAAAAAAACAGUCAUUUUAGGACUACUUGCUCCCAAACAUUGAUGUUAGCACCCCCUCUAUGUGGAAGAUUUUCCAAAAAUCAAUAGCAUAUGUUUGCCAAAGUUGUAAAAAGAAUAAAUAGGUUGACAAAAGCCACUGUUAUUAGAGGUUAAGUGCAGAAAAGGGCAACAGACCCGUGGUUAGCUGGGGAUGUGAUGGACAAAUUUAACAUAAAUGUUUUAGCAGACAUUAAGUAUUCAAAUGUCAACUGCAUUUUCCUUCCACAGACUUGCCUGUUUUAUGAAUACUGUCAGGAUAUCCCUCAUUGUCUUUUCUCAUAUUAACCAAUACUAAAUUUGUCUGUGUUUGCUAAAUGACCAGAACUAUUGAAGCAAUCAUAACCCUGUGAAUCAUUUACUUUCAUUUCAAGCAAUAAUGGGUAUAAUAAACAUGUUCUUUUCAAAUUCCUCAACUUUUUCUUUGCUUUCAUUUGAGUCAAGAAUAUCUUUGUUUUCAUGGUGUCUUCAUGUCAGUGUUAAUCUAUUAACAUUUCAACCACCUAAUGUGAGUCACAAGACUUUUCCAGUCUAACUUUAUUUGUCACAAUUUUAAAAAAUUGGAACUGGGUCAAAACUUCAGAAAUGACCAAAAGAAGAUUUUAUUGUCAAGAAAAAAUAAAAACAUAUUGAAGGCUAAUAUUUUGCACUGUCAUUAGAGGUUAAAUGUGGUUGUUAUGCUGUGUAAUUUUUUUUUAAUUAUUAUUAUAUCACUGUUCAAUAUGCAUAGGAAUUAAAUUACCCUGCUAAGACUGCAAAAUAACAGGCUACUUCCAUGGAACAGAACUAUGACAAAGACAAGCAAUUUAGUGCCAAGCCUUUACCACAUAAUGCAGGGUUUGGUCCAGCUAAUUCAGCUUCUCUGGGCCAUAUAUUAAAAGAUGUUGCAGAGAGGUGAAAAGCAUUGGACCAUCUGAAUCAAUUACCCAAAGAGCAUUAAGCUGAUUUAUUCCAACUCUAAACCCAAAGCUUCUGGAGUAGGUCUGCUUUGUCAUCAGUUUGACUCCUGCCUAGUUUCCACAGAAGUGUCCUGAAAUAAAAUAUGUGAAUUUCUUGUGAAAUUUCAUGCAAUUUGUCUUUCAGAUUGUGUGUGUGGUAAAUACUAACAUUUACAGUAAUAAAAAGAAUUCUGUUCUAUAAAGAUAUUUACUUUCUUGAAGUCUAAUGGAAGAAAAAUGUUAACACUGUGCCUCUCUGUUUCUGUCUGUCUCUUAGUCAUGAACACAUUAAUACGUAUAUUACCAUCUGUCAGCCCCCCCUCCUUGCUAAGGGAUUUCAAACUGCUGAGCAUGGUUAAAUCCUUAGCCCUUGUCUUGGUGACAGAGAUACCACAUAACCAAGUCGGCAUUACUGGCUUCAUCAGCUGUUUCUGUUUUCUAUGGCCUAACAAAUACUAAAGAAACAGAAGCAUGGUCUAAAAGAGAAGCAACGAAGAUAAAUGUCUCAAUUUCUGAUGUACUUCUUCAAUAUUUCUCAAAUCUAAAAUAUAAAUCUUCUUCAAGCUUCUGACAGUAGCUUACAUUUGGAACUGUAAAAUGGCAAACACUGAUGAAACGAACGGCAGCCAGGAUCCGGAGGCUCCGGAGGAAGACCUGGAUGAUGAACAGCAAGCUUUGCUGCAUUUCAGUAAAUAUGGAGAAAGUCAGCGUGCGCAACCAUGGAAGCAAUGGACCUUCAGAGAAAAGGCAAACUAUUAUAUGGAUCGUAUCUUCCUAGUCUUUUUAAUCAUCUUUGUGAUGAUUUUGCUAAUUGAAUGUUUGUAUAAAAUUUGGUAUGUGUCAAAUGGGAAGAAGAUAACAGAGUUUAUGUCAGACUCAGUCGUGUUUCUGAUCGACUGGCUCUUCACUCAGGAGAGACAGGAGGAGCUGGUUGAAUUAUAGGAUGUGAAUAAAGGUGUUCACACCA